UUCACCUUACAGAGACAGGGGACCAGUUUCACUUGUUUCCAUCAUCCCUUCUCAACUCUGACUCUUUUGUUUUCCUUUGCGAAAAAAAAAACACCAUGGAAGUUGUUGGAAACGCUCUUCUUUCGGAUGUCCUUGGCUGGCUGUCUGACAAGUUGGGCUCCUAUGAUUUCAUUAAGUUUGCAAGCGAAGAGAAUGUCGACACUGAGCUCAAGAAAUGGGAGAAGGAGUUGCAGAGCAUCUGGCAAGAGCUCAACGACGCGGAGGAGAAGCAGAUCACAGUGGAUACUGUCAAAUCAUGGGUGUUCGAUCUGAGGGUUUUGGCGUAUGAUAUGGAGGACAUCUUGGACGAGUUUGAUUACGAAUUGAUGAGAAGAAAGCCGAUGGGGGCGGAAGCUGAAGAAGCCAGCACAAGCAAGAAACGUAAGUUCUUUACUAAUUUCUCUACUAGUUUCAAUCCAGCUCAUGUUGUGUUUAGUGUCAAGAUGGGGUCCAAGAUUAGAGAAAUCACCAGCAGGUUACAAGAUAUUUCAGCUAGAAAAGCUGGACUUGGCCUAGAAAAGGUGACAGUAGCAGCAGCUACUUCCGCUUGGCAAAGGCCACCACCCACUACACCUAUAGCAUACGAACCUCGCGUUUAUGGCAGGGAUGAAGAUAAAACACUGGUUCUUGAUUUGCUGCGCAAGGUUGAGCCCAAUGAAAACAAUGUUAGCGUUAUUUCCAUUGUUGGCUUGGGCGGGGUGGGCAAGACGACUCUCGCACGGCAGGUUUACAAGUAUGAUUUGGCCAAAAAUUUUGAACUAAAAGCGUGGGUUUGUGUGACUGAUGUGUUUGAUGUGGAGAAUAUAACAAAAGCAAUUCUCAAUUCGGUGUUAGAGUCUGAUGCAAGUGGGUCUUUGGACUUCCAACAAGUUCAAAAGAAAUUGACAGACACGUUAGCAGGGAAAACUUUUUUACUCGUUCUAGACGACGUGUGGAACGAAAAUUGUGGUCAUUGGGAUCUUUUGCGGGCUCCUUUUAGUGUAGGGUCCAAAGGAAGCAAAGUCAUAGUUACAACACGCAAUAAAAAUGUCGCAUUGAUGAUGGGAGCUGCCAAGAAUGUUCAUAAACUAAACCCUUUAUCUGAAGAUGCUUGUUGGUCUGUGUUUGAGAAGCAUGCAUUUGAACAUAGAGAUAUCAAUGAUCAUCCGAACCUGGUGUCCAUUGGUAGGAAAAUUGUUGGCAAAUGUGGUGGAUUGCCACUAGCAGCAAAAGCGCUUGGUAGUCUCCUACGCUCUAAGCAAAGCGAAGCCGAAUGGGAAACAGUAUGGAGUAGCAAAAUAUGGGAUUUGUUAAGCACGGAAAGUGAUAUUCUUCCUGCGUUGUGGUUGAGCUAUUACCAUCUUCCUUCAUAUUUGAAGAGGUGUUUUGCAUAUUGUGCAAUGUUCCCCAAGAACUGGAAGUUUGAGUCACAAGGUUUGGUCCUUCUAUGGAUGGCUGAAGGUUUAAUUCAGCAACCAAAAGGUAACGGACAAACAAUGGAAGAUCUUGGGGCCAACUAUUUUGAUGAAUUAUUGUCAAGAUCAUUUUUUCAACCAUCGACUAAUGAUGAAUCACGUUUUGUGAUGCAUGAUCUUAUACAUGAUCUAGCUCAAGUUGUAUCUGGUGAAAUAUGUUUUUGUUUGGAAUAUAACCUAGGCAGUAACCCGCUAUCCAUAAUUUCUAAACAGACUCGUCAUUCAUCAUUCGUUCGUGGAAGAUAUGAUGCGAUCAAAAAAUUUGAAGCUUUUCAAGAGGCAGAGCAUUUACGAACAUUUGUGGCUUUACCAUUUCUUGGUAGAAGUGGUCCAAAAUUUUUUGUGACUAGAACGGUUUAUGAUCAUUUGGUGCCAAAACUUCAACGACUAAGAGUCCUCUGUUUGAGUGGAUAUUUGAUACCUGAACUACCAGAUUCUAUUGGUGAAUUGAAACAUCUACGCUAUUUGAAUUUGUCUUUCACUCGAAUCAAAUCAUUGCCUGACUCAGUGAGCAAGCUCUAUAAUUUACAAACAAUUAUAUUAUUCGGGUGUUCGAAUUUUAGAAGGUUACCUCCCAACAUUGGGAACUUAAUUAACCUUCGACAUCUCAAUGUUGAAAGAUGUUUAAACCUAGACGAGAUGCCACAACAGAUAGGUAAAUUAAAGAACUUGCAAACUUUGUCUAAUUUUAUUGUGGGUAAAAGCAGAUAUUUGGGAAUAAAGGAGUUGAAGCAUUUGUCACAUCUCCGAGGGAAGAUUUUUAUCUCACGAUUGGAGAAUGUGGUGAAUAUUCAAGAUGCCAUAGAUGCCAAUCUAAGGACUAAGCUCAAUGUUGAAGAGUUGAUUAUGUCUUGGAGUAGUUGGUUCGAUAAUUUGCGAAAUGAAGACACCGAAAUGGAAGUCCUUCUCUCUCUACAACCUCAUACCAGUUUGAAGAAACUCGAUAUUGAAGCUUAUGGUGGUCGGCAAUUCCCCAACUGGAUAUGUGAUCCCUCUUACUCUAAAUUGGUGGAGUUAAGUAUUUGGGGUUGUAUGAGGUGCACUGAUCUACCUUCAGUUGGGCAACUACCUUUCCUCAAGAAGUUAGUCAUCGAAAGAAUGGAUCGAGUGAAAAGUGUGGGGCUGGAGUUUGAGGGGCAGGUUUCUCCUUACGCUAAGCCUUUCCAAUGCUUGGAGUAUUUAAGUUUUCGAGAAAUGAAGAAAUGGAAAAAGUGGUCAUGGUCAAGAGAGUCAUUUUCUCGCCUCGUCCAGUUGCAGAUAAAAGAUUGUCCAAGAUUGAGUAAGAAAUUACCCACUCACCUAACUUCUCUAGUAAGACUUGAAAUUAACAAUUGCCCAGAAACGAUGGUUCCACUUCCAACACAUCUACCUUCUCUUAAAGAGCUCAAUAUUUGUUAUUGCCUAGAAAUGAAGCCCUCUAAAAGAUUACAGCCUUUUGGACGAUUGCGAGGAGGGAGUAGAAGUGCAAUUGACAUCACCUCACGUGUUUAUUUCACAAUUAAUGGAAUGUCAGGGCUUUUCAAACUUGAGCAAAAAUUUUUGCGGUCCUUGCCAAGGCUUCAACUACUGGAGAUCGACGAUUCUGGUGUGUUGGACUGUUUGUGGGAAAAUGGGUUGGGAUUAGAAAAUCUCGCUAAGCUUCGAGUAUUGGAUUGUAACCAACUUGUAUCCUUGGGAGAAGAGGAAGCGCAAGGGCUGCCUUGUAAUCUUCAGUAUUUGGAGAUACGUAAAUGUGAUAACUUGGAGAAGCUUCCACAUGGAUUAUAUAGCUAUGCAUCUCUCAGAGAGUUGAUUAUAGUGGACUGUGCAAAAUUGGUGUCAUUUCCAGAUAAGGGUUUCCCGCUCAUGCUUAGACGUCUUACUAUUGCUAAUUGUAAAAGUCUAAGUAGCCUACCUGAUAGCAGUAAUUGCAGCAACAUGGUGUGUGUCCUUGAAUACUUGAAUAUUUACAAGUGUCCUUCUCUCAUUUGCUUUCCAAUAGGGCAGUUACCCACCACCCUUAAGGAACUCCAUAUAUCCUAUUGUAAAAAUCUAAAGUCUCUUCCAGAAGACAUCGAGUUUUCUGCCCUUGAAUACGUAGAGAUAUGGGGGUGUUCGUCUUUCAUUGGUCUUCCAAAGGGAAAACUACCACCAACCCUGAAGAAGCUCACAAUAUAUGGGUGUGAAAAGCUAGAGUCUUUACCAGAGGGAAUAAUGCAUCACCAUUCCAACAACACAACCAAUUGUGGUCUUCAAUUCUUGCAUAUAUCGGAAUGUUCAUCUCUCACAUCCUUCCCUAGAGGCAGAUUUCUCCCUACCCUUAAAUCUAUUAAUAUUUAUGAUUGUGCACAGCUGCAACCAAUUUCAGAGGAGAUGUUUCAUCGCAAUAAUAAUGCACUUGAAGUUUUGUCCAUCUGGGGAUAUCCCAAUCUCAAAACUAUACCAGAUUGCCUCUACAACCUCAAAUAUCUUCAGAUCACAAAAUGUGAGAAUCUGGAGUUGCAGCCUCAUCAAUUGCAAAGCCUCACUUCUCUUACAUCACUCCAUAUCCAUGAUUAUGAGAAUAUGAAGACGCCCUUAUCAGAAUGGGGCCUUGCCAGAUUGACCUCUUAAAACUCUCACCAUUUCUGAUUAUCACCACCACCACCACCACCCACUGCUUCUUCCUACUACUCUACUUAAUCUUUGCAUUUCAAGAUUCGAGAAUCUGGAAUCCUUGGCCUUCCUGUCUCUCCAAAGGCUUACUUCUCUUGAAACGCUAGAUAUCUCCGGAUGUCGUAAGCUGCAGUCGUUUUUGCCAAGGGAAGGGCUGUCUGAAACGCUUUCAGCCCUAUUUAUAGAAGAUUGCCCACUCCUAAGUCAAAGGUGCUCAAAAGAGAAUGGGCAAGAUUGGCGCAACAUCGCCCACAUCCCCUAUGUGCAAAUUAGGUAGUCGAUUGAUCUUUGAGCAAUAAAAGUUGAGAUUGCAGCAAAAUGAAUGUAGAGGCCAUUCCACCAUAUCCUCUCCUUAUGUGCCACAAUCCCUUGUUAAGGAGAUGUGAUAAAUAUGGGGAUUUGGCAAUUUCAUCUUCACUUCCAUGUACCUGCUAGAAGGGGCCUUUAGCUUCUUGACCUUUCUCAGUAGUCGAUCCAAUUGCAGGAACUGGAGUCGAUUUAAGCAAAAGAUCUGCAGAUAAAACUUACUGAAGGCUUUCCCAGCUGAUGUAAGGUGAAAAUAAUGCAAAUGGAAUCCAAUUCUCUAACAACAGGGCCAGCCAGUUAGAGAUUGGCUUUUGCUAAAAAAUAUUGAUUCUUCAUUUUGGUCUCCUUCACAGUCAUUAAGUCAUGGCCCAAAAAUUACCAUCUCAUGUGGAAUCGGGAGAAAGGAAAUCUGCAAGUUGAGAUACAAUGAGAGAGAUUUAGGGCUCAAAAUAGCUACCAUUGACUUCAGAAUUGUACUUCAAUAUCUGAGGAGCAGUCCCUUGUUGUAACACGAAAUGCUUUUGGAAGCUGGUUAUAGAAUUCCUGGGGAAUGGUGAUUUUCCCUAUUAAUUUGAUGAAUGUUGGAAAUAGGAUAGGCUGAUGAAGGCCAAAGAAUCAGUUUGGGGUAGAUUUGGAGAUCAAUCACUGAAUGGUUCAGAUUAUUUCUUUUUCUAAUUUCAUUUGAUUUAGAGUGGAUGCAGAGGCUAUACUUAUGGUUCGGUUUUGGGGCUUUUGUGAAGGACGGAUGGACCUGAAUUUGAGCAUUUUUUACUGAAGAUGAUGAAUGGAGACUUGAAUCUGCCCUAUUUCGCCAAGCAACAACGUAAAAAAUUAUGCAAGAUACAUCCAUGUCACUAAAGCUAAAAAUGAAGGUUGCGUUUUCUCUUAAACUUGGAAGCUCAUGAUGUAGUAAUACCUCAUAAUGUCAAAAAUUCUGUCUUGUAGAUCAUGCUUUUGGAAGCUCCUCACAACCCGAAAGCUGGAGUGCUUCAUCUGUAUAUCCUUGAGUUCUAUCAGAUGGGUGGAAAGCCAAUUACAAAGAAAUAUGGACAGGGCUUUCUCAUAUGUGGUUAUAUCAUAUCAAUUCAGUUGGCCAACAUCCAAUAGUCCAGAGGAAGGUCCUUGCUGACAAUGAAUAUUGAUGAGAGCAUCAAUAGAAGUUUUGAUGGACCUGAACAAAGUUAAAACAACUCGAGGACCAGAUUACCUGUACAACUCCCAGCAGCCAAAUGGACCUCUGAGGACCAUUAAUGAGAGAGCAUCGUUGCAGAUUCCAGACUUAAGACAUUGCUGGAGUAUUGAAUUCUGAAUGUAAUACAGGAGAAAAUUUUGUUUAUAUGUAUUAAUGUUGAUGAAGUUUUGGUUAGUAUGGUAUGGUUGAGAUCAUGGUUUGUGGAUUUGUUGUUCAUUGUAGUUAUCAGAAAUGACUGAACAAGGCUACCUUUUAUUCUUAAGAAAUUCUGGUUUUAUAAUUCUGCUACAAUCAAUACAAGGUGUGGAAGUGCAAUUGAUUAUGUUUA